GUAAUAGUGAUGCUGGGUCUGGUGUCAGUGGCACUGGCUGCUAAGUUGGGAGUUUUCUUAGAUGAUGAUCCCACCACUACUACUGAGGUACCCAAGCCAUACAACUUCGGCUUCGAAGUGAGGGAUGACAACACAACCAACUACCAGAACAGAGCCGAGGUGUCCGACGCUGAGGGCCGCGUCAAGGGCUCCUACAGCUACGUCCUCCCAGAUGGCUUCGUCUACACCGUCACUUAUGAAGACAACAAGGAUGGACAGGGACUCAAGUCUGUUGUUCGCAAGGAGCCUUCAGGCAUCGAUGUCAUCAUUCCAGUACCGAAGCAAAAGAAACCAGUCGAAUUCCGGAGUGCUGCACAACUAAAUUAACAUAACUUAAUACAAGAUCCUCAUGUACAAUCCCUUACCAGGGAGCUUUUUAGGUUCAUAAUUCAUCCUAGUUUAUAUUUCAUUGUCAUAUUUUUUUCACCUUAAGUACCUUUACAUGGUUGCACAUUUCCUGUUCAUGUUUUCUUUCAGUGCAUUGUUUCCAUAAUUAUUGCGCUAUUCACAAAAAAGCUCUAAAUCUGUGUGGGUCACAUUGCACCGUGUAAUUAUUAUAUGCUACUAAUGUCAAAUAUGGCACUAAAAAUGUAACUAUUUGAUAGACCAAUAGAGUUCAUUGCACAUUUUGUAUCCAGUUUGCUACAGUAUUUUGUGGGAUAUUUGGCAGUGGUCUGUCUGCAAUUAUUUUCAUUUAAAUCUUUGGUCUUCAGAAUUAACUGUGUAGGACCACCACUGAUAAGUCUCUCAUCUCGAAUACUUUGACUACAUUUCAUCUGGAUUAGUAGUAGUUUUAUUAUAUUCACAAACAUCCAACUAUGGAAGUCAUUCAGUACUGGCUUCAUUUGGAAUGCUCAGCUUUAAAACUCGUCAUCUUAUAAAGUAUUCGGCAAAACACUUAAGACUAACUUAGGUAUCGAGUUUUUACACGGGUAACCUAGAAAAUUCCAUUUAAUUUCUUCUACAUACAAUAUUUCUCUUUAGUCACUUUAUAGAUAUUUUAAAGAUCUUACCUUUAUAUGAAUUUAUCUAGAAGUAUUUUUUGUCCAGUCCUUUACAAUGUACGUAUCUCUUCUUAAUCUUAAAACAAGAUACUUUUACCAUGAAAUAUAUAAAUUAUGUUCAAAGUGUGGGCUAAACCCUUUUGGGUUAUGAAAUACUAUAUAAAAUGUAAGGUCAAAUUGUACAUGUAUUUCAAUAUAGUACCAUACAUCAGAUUUACAAUUAUUUUAUGUUACCUUAGAAUAGAGGGAUUCAUGAAAUACUUUUAUCAGUACCUACAUUAUUCUAUAACUUUCCAUGAAAAAAUGGUUUUUCACAUUAGAACAAGAUAAUUGGUGUCCUAUUGGGUUACUUUCAUUGGGAAUUUCACCAACUUUAUGGCUCAAUAUUCCCUUUGCCUGAUUA